CCUUUCAGAAAAGCCCAGCGAACCCAAAACUGCCCGCGCGCAGCAACGCCCAACCCAGCUCCGCCCGCGCUCCGUCCUCUUCUCCGCCGUCAGAAACAGAAUACCUUAUUGUUAUUGUAACUUUUGCACAAUGACUGUCCAUGGAGACUCGUCCAUUACAAGUGACGGCACAAUCCUGAGCCCCGCUAUUGAUAAGCAAUUCCUGGCUGCUCCAAUCAAAAGAGCGGUCGACAAGUACCAGCUUCUCCCUGAAUUCUUAAAGGUGAGAGGUUUGGUAAAGCAACAUUUGGACUCAUUUAAUUAUUUUGUCAACACGGAAAUCAAGAAAAUUGUGCGCUCCAACAGUCGCAUUGUGUCCAGUGUCGACCCGAGUAUAUAUCUCAGGUUUACUGAUGUUCGAAUUGGUGAGCCUUCCGUCACAAUGGAUGGUGUCAGUGAAAAGCUUGAUCCCCAAACGUGUCGAUUGUCUGAUCUGACGUACGCUGCUCCCAUUAAGGCGGAUGUCGAAUAUAUUCAUGGAAGUCAUAACCAAAAAAUUCAAUCAGGGAAGACUGAUGUUGUUAUUGGAAGAAUGCCUAUCAUGUUAAGGAGUUGCUGUUGUGUCUUAUAUGGAAAAGAUGAAGCUGAACUUGCAAAACUAGGUGAAUGUCCACUUGAUCCUGGGGGAUAUUUUAUUGUCAAAGGAACUGAAAAGGUUCUUCUCAUACAAGAACAACUUUCUAAAAAUAGGAUCAUCAUUGACACUGACAAGAAGGGAAACAUAAACGCAUCUGUUACGAGCAGCUCCGAAGCAAUAAAGAGCAAAACUGUCAUUCAGAUGGAAAAGGAGAAAUUGUAUUUGAUGCUUAACCAAUUUUCUACCAAAAAGAUUCCUAUUAUGGUGGUCAUAAAGGCCAUGGGAAUGGAGAGUGAUCAAGAAGUAGUACAAAUGCUUGGAAGAGAUCCUCGGUAUAGUGCUCUUCUUAUGCCAUCUCUCGAGGAAUGUGGUAAGGAAGGCAUAUACACACAAGAGCAGGCCUUGGGCUAUCUAGAAUCAAAGGUGAAAAAACCCAUGUUCCCUAGUGCCUCAUCUGAAAAGGAUGAUAGAGUGAUGGCAAUACUUAAAGAUGUGUUCCUCGCAAAUGUUCGGGUGCAUGGUAAUAACUUCCGCCCGAAAUGCAUAUAUGUUGCUGUAAUGAUAAGACGCAUAAUGGAUGCGAUCUUAAACAAGGAUGCAAUGGAUGACAAGGAUUAUGUGGGGAACAAGCGUUUGGAAUUAUCUGGUCAGCUUAUUUCUCUACUUUUUGAGGAUUUGUUCAAGUCAAUGAUUACUGAGGUUAGGAGGGCUGUGGACAAUAUUUUAUCAAAGCCGAGCAGGUCAAGUCGGUUUGAUUUUUCUCAGUAUAUAGUCACCGAUAAAAUAACAGUUGGCCUUGAAAGGAGCCUUUCUACUGGAAAUUGGGAUGUUAAACGGUUUAAGAUGAACCGGAAAGGCAUGACACAGGUGUUAGCUAGGUUAUCCUUUAUAGGUAGUCUAGGUCAUAUGACCAGAAUCCUACCUCAAUUUGAGAAGUCAAGGAAAGUAAGUGGUCCAAGAGCAUUGCAACCUAGUCAGUGGGGUAUGCUUUGCCCUUGCGAUACUCCUGAAGGUGAAGCCUGUGGACUUGUGAAAAAUUUGGCUCUUAUGACUCAUGUGACAACUGAUGAAGAGGAAGGCCCGUUAAUUACUCUGUGCUAUACUUUGGGUGUUGAGGACUUGGCAUUUCUCUCUGGAGAAGAGCUUCAUGCACCAAAUUCCUUUCUUGUUAUAUUCAAUGGGCAUAUACUUGGUAAGCAUCGGAGGCCACAGGCUUUUUCUACGGCAAUUAGAACGUUGCGUAGAGCAGGAAAAGUUGGAGAGUUUGUAAGUGUCUUUGUCAAUGAAAAGCAGCGGUGUGUAUACAUUGCUUCUGAUGGAGGUCGAGUUUGCCGUCCAUUGGUCAUUGUUGAGAAAGGCAUGUCAAAGGUCAAAGAACAUCAUAUGAAGGAGUUGGCAGAUGGAGUCCGUACGUUUGAUGAUUUCUUGCGGGAGGGAUUGAUUGAGUACCUCGAUGUUAAUGAGGAAAACAAUGCUUUGAUUGCAUUAUACGAAAAAGAUAUUAAACCAGAAACAACCCAUCUUGAAAUAGAACCCUUCACAAUCUUGGGUGUCUGUGCCGGACUGAUUCCGUACCCUCAUCAUAACCAGUCUCCUAGAAAUACCUAUCAGUGUGCUAUGGGAAAACAAGCUAUGGGAAAUAUCGCAUACAACCAGCUGUGUCGGAUGGAUACUUUACUUUACCUAUUAGUCUACCCUCAAAGACCACUAUUGACGACAAGAACAAUUGAGCUGGUUGGCUAUGAUAAACUCGGAGCAGGGCAGAAUGCAACUGUUGCGGUAAUGAGUUACAGUGGAUAUGACAUAGAGGAUGCAAUAGUCAUGAACAAGGCUUCUCUAGAUCGUGGUUUUGGCCGUUGUAUUGUCAUGAAAAGGCUCUCUGCCAUCAAUCAAAAGUAUGACAAUAACACACAAGACCGGAUAAUUAGGCCUGAUAGAGAAGGAAGUGAUGCUGCGAGGAUGCAGGUAUUAGAUGACGAUGGUCUUGCUGCGCCUGGUGAAAUUAUUAGACCAAAUGACAUCUAUAUCAACAAGCAAUCACCUAAAGUUACAAAGGGGCCAAUGAGGACUGGAUUAACAGAUAGUGACUAUAAGCCUGCUUGUCAAACAUUCAAAGGUCCCGAAGGAGAGUCCUGCGUUGUGGAUAAAGUAGCACUUUAUUCUGACAAGAAUAAUAACUUGUGUAUAAAAUUCUUGAUUCGGCAUACUCGUAGACCAGAGGUUGGUGAUAAAUUCAGUAGCAGACAUGGACAGAAAGGUGUUUGUGGCACCAUUGUCCAACAGGAAGACUUCCCAUUUACUGAGCGUGGCAUUUGCCCUGAUCUAAUCAUGAAUCCUCACGGAUUUCCAAGCCGAAUGACUGUCGGCAAGAUGAUAGAGCUUCUUGGGGGCAAAGCUGGAGUUUCAUGUGGCCGAUUCCAUUAUGGUAGUGCCUUUGGGGAGCCAAGUGGUCAUGCAGAUAAAGUGGAGGAUAUAAGUAAAACACUUGUGGAAAAGGGGUUUAGCUACAGUGGCAAGGACUUCAUAUAUUCAGGUAUUACAGGGUGCCCACUACAAGCGUAUAUUUUCAUGGGACCGAUAUACUACCAGAAGCUAAAGCAUAUGGUUUUGGACAAAAUGCAUGCUCGUGGUAGUGGUCCUCGAGUCAUGCUAACAAGACAACCAACUGAGGGGAGAGCUCGGAAUGGAGGUUUACGUGUAGGAGAAAUGGAACGUGAUUGUUUGAUUGCGUACGGAGCGAGUAUGCUGAUUUUUGAACGCCUCAUGGUUUCCAGUGAUCCUUUUGAAGUUCAGGUUUGCAGAGUUUGUGGUUUGUUGGGGUACUACAAUCAUAAGCUUAAAACCGGAAUUUGUUCAUCAUGCAAGAACGGCGAAAAUAUAUCUACCAUGAAGCUACCAUAUGCAUGCAAGCUCCUGAUUCAGGAACUCCAGUCGAUGAACAUUGUUCCUCGAUUAAAACUAGCUGAGGCGUAACGAGGUUCGUUUGCAUUUGCUUGGAGACGCUCUACGAUAAGUUUUUUUUAUAUUUUAUUUUUUUCCAGAUAGCUGUUGAAAUAGAGGAGGCAACAGAGUCAUGUGCUGAAAAAAAAAAGACAAAAAGAAAGGAAAAAAAAAGAAAAAAGAAAGCAAUGAAUCACCUGUAAGAUCUUGUACAUAAUAGUUAACUGGAAUUUUAUUUAUAUUAGAAUAAAAACCCCACUAAUGUUGGGGAGCCAGAUAUAUCAGUUACAUUCAAGGUGGACAAUUCAAUAUUACUAGCUUCUUUUUAUUAUUA